GUUGUGCCUCUUGCCAGAAGACAGGACAAAUAAUAUUGUCAUGUACCAACAUAAUGAUGGAGAGACAAGUUAUUAAAUCAGCUGUGGAUUCAGUGGAUGGAAGAGAAAUUACAGUUAAUUUUCUGUAGUUGUGUUUGGAGUUUGACAUGGAGGUGGGUGUAUCAUGGACUUUGUGAAGGAUUCCAGGCUUCCCAGAGCAAAAUACACAAUGGUUGGAGAGGUGCUGCGUUAUGUUAUCCCCUGCCAUAUGCAGUGCUCCAUUGGAUGUGGUGGCCAGGCAUGCAAGUAUGAGGAUCCCUCGCAUUGGAGUGAAGACGAUCAGGCCAUCAAUGGAAUCUAUUCUUCCUGGAUUACUGAUGACUUGCUCGCCAUGGCACGUCCAUCCACAGAAAUUAUCGAAAAAUACAACAUAAUUGACCAAUUUCUGAGAUGUGGCUUGAAGACACUUAUUAACCUCCAAUGCCCUGGUGAGCAUGCCAGCUGUGGAAACCCACUUGAAGCCGAGAGUGGCUUCACUUACCGACCAGAGACAUUCAUGGAGGUUGGCAUUUAUUUUUACAACUUUAGAUGGAAUGACUAUGGUGUGGCCUCUCUCAUGACCAUCUUGGAUAUGGUGAAAGUCAUGUCUUUUGCCAUUCAAGAGGGUAAAAUGGCUAUUCACUGUCAUGCGGGGCUUGGAAGAACAGGUGUUUUGCUAGCCUGCUUUUUGGUGUUUACCUCAUGGAUGACAGCAGAUCAAGCCAUUUUAAAGGUUAGAGAAAAACGUCCAAACUCUAUCCAGACAAGAGGACAGCUACAGUGUGUCAGACAAUUCGCUCAGUUCCUUGUCCCGCUAAGGAAUGUGUUUGCUUACGCUGAGCCGAGAGCCCCCCCUGUUACUCUUUCACAAUACUUGAUCCGCCAAAAACAUAUGCUACAUGGAUAUGAGGCUCGACAGUUAAGAUAUGUGCCAAAGCUGGUCCCCUUCAUUUGCAGACUUCUAUUGGACAUUGCAGAGAAUCGUCAGGUUAUUGAGGAGGACAUUGUUGAGGUUCCUGACAUCACACCUGUAGUGGAGAAUACUUUGAAUGAAAAUGCAAUGUAUCCAUUCAACAGAGAGAUUAUGGGAAAUGGGAUCACUAUGAUCAGGCCCCGUCUUCCAGGUUUACCCCAAGUCAAUAGAGACAACUCACAACCUCUUUACUAUGUCCGUAAGAGCCUUAGCUACAGUGAGUCUGACCUACGGAGGUUAGCUGCAUCUUUAAACCUCUCCGAUAACCCUCUUGGAGUUUUAGCCACCAUCCACUCCUCUAACAUCAACAGUCAAUUAGAAGCUUUCAACAGUGUUUCUGCAAACUAUGCUGCACCUUCUCUAGGCACUUGUAAGGAUAGUCCCAUCUACAGUUCAACCAACAAUAUAUGGGAGCUGAAAACUCUGAUGGACCAGCAGGUAGGAUCUCCACUGCUCAAAAAAAGGAGGAAAUCUGUCUUGCAGCGAAGCCAGUCUGUAGGUGUUUCAGAUCAGAAAAACACCACAAGCAUCAGCAAAAUACUUUCGUUCUGGAAGAAAGACCCCAAGCCAAGCACUGAACAUGAUGGGGCUAAAAAUGAGGAGAAAGAACUUUCGGAAGUGCCCUUCAUCACUGUCCAAUCCGAGUUGUCUCUGGACUCACGUCGCCUCUUGGUUGCUCAGUCACUUGUGGUAGACCUUGAGCAGGAUGGAGAGAAGGAACAUAUUCAGAAGGUGUCCACUUGGCAGACAGAUCUUAAUUACCAGGGUGCAUGGGAGCGACUGUGUUUGGAAAGAGACCCGUUUAUUCUUUCUGGAAUCAUUUGGUCAUGGCUGGAGCAGCUCAAGGAACCAGUCAUCUCAGCUCAUGAUGUUCACACACUGGAAAAGGCCAGUCAGGAUGGCAAAACUGUCCUAAAUAGCCUAGAUAGGGCUUCAAAAGAAACAGUGACGUGCAUUCUGGACUGUUUUGCUCAUCUAUUCACAAUACAAGAGGAAGUUGAGAGUGCUUUUCUAGAGCGAGCAACCAAAGCUUUCACAAAGGUGAAAAACACAGAUGGUGGGAAAAGUGUCCAUGAGAUCAUGAAAAAGGUCUUGAAGCUCGUUCUGCAUCAUUUGAGAUCAGCUGCCAUGAACAAGUUUGAGGUUUAAUACAGAUAACAAUAGCUAACUAAACAAUACCUUCAAUACAAAGAGAAUUAAAGGAAUAUUUUGGGUUCACUGCAAGUUAAGCUCGGUUGACAGUGUUUGUGGCAUCAUAUUGAUUACCACAAACAUUUAUUUUGACUCAUCCCUCCUUUUCUUAAAAAAAUAAAAAAAGCAAAAAUCUGUUCCAGUGAGGCACUUACAAUGGAAGUGAAUGGGGCCAAUUUUUGAACAUUAAAAUACUCACCGUUUCAAAAGUAUAGCCACAAGACAUAAAGGAUAUGCAUGUAAACAUGAUUUUAGUGUGAUAAAAUUGCUUACUGAACUUGUUACCAUGACGAUGUAAUGUCAACAAACCCUGAAACCCUAAAACGACUGUAAAAAUGACUUUAAAUGAAUUUAAACAUCUUUACAGCUCAAAUAAUACAUUUUUACAAUUAAUGUAAGUGCUUUUAUAAAAUUAUAAACUUCAAAUUUCCGUGUUUAAACCCUCCAAAGUUUGUCCCCAUUGACUUCCAUUGUAAGUGUUUCACUGUAACCUCCAUUUGUGCUUUUUUUUUUAUAUAAAGGAAAGGAGGGACGAUUCGAAAUAAAUUUUUGUGGUAAUCAAUAUUAUGCCACAAAUGCUGUCGAUGUACUGAACCCGGAAUAUUCCUUUAAGUUCAUUUACAUCUUUAGCCAUGAUCAAAGACAAGCCCUGCACUUUACAUCUGCAUCUAUACAGGUAGUUUUUCAGUAACUGAUAAAGUUUAGUAAAGGACUGAAUAGAGCACUUAAAGGAAGAUUAAUGUUAAAGGCUUUGGUUCUUAUUUGGGUUCUGCAUUCCGAUAAGGAGUCCAAAAAGGGGUAGACCAAAUUAUACAGUUUCCCUUUGUAAAAGUUGAAAAAUACAUGUUGUACAGUAAAUUAUGUUUUGAUGACAAAAAGCAUACUGUAUAUUUUGUGACAAGCAUUGCAACCUCUAAUUUUUGUACCAAGUUUGUUCAACUAUUUGUAAUAAAAUAAUUAGAUUGUAUAAC